GCCUGCUACUGCUCUUCUUCUCGUAGCCAUCGGCAUCUUGUAUGCUGCCAGGAAGUUUUGGCAGAGCAAAAAUGCUUUGCCUCUGCCGCCUGGACCAAAGGGCAUUCCAAUCUUGGGAAAUGUCAAUGACAUGCCCAAACCCGGCGUGCUCGAGUGCCACCACUGGCUUCAGCACAAGGACCUCUACGGCCCUAUUUCCUCUGUGACUGUCAUGGGCCAGACUAUUGUUAUCCUCAACGACCCGGCCAUUGCUCUGGAGCUCCUACGUGACCGUUCAGCCAUCCACUCUUCACGGCCCAGCCUCGUCUUUGCAGGUGACAUGGUCGGCUGGCGCCAUGCCACUGCCCUAAUGCCCUACGCGGACACGUGGAAGAUUCAUCGUAAAAACAUUACUAAAAUUGCGAGCACGAACACGUCGCUGUCUGUGUUUGAUCGUGUUCAAGAGGCUGAAGCGGCGCAUUUUCUGGUUAAUCUGUUGGAGGCGCCAGAGCAUCUGUUCGGCCACAUCCGGAAAGAGGCUGGGGGUGUCAUUCUAAAGAUUACCUAUGGGUACAAUACGCUGCCUCACGGAGAAGAUCCGCUUGUGAAUCUAGCAUCCAAGACUAUGGACCAGUUCGCUGACGCUACGGUUCCUGGACGCUGGGCUGUUGAUCUUUUCCCAUUCCUCAAAUACCUGCCCGAUUGGAUGCCUGGCGCUGGCUUCAAAAAGACUGCAAAGAAAAUGGCUGUUCAGUUGAAGCAAUGCACCGAACAGCCGUACGAAUUCGUCAAGCAGCAGAUGCGUGACAAGAGACACACGCCCUCUUUCCUGUCUCAAUGCAUCGACGGCAUUGGCACCGACCAGGAAAUGGAGUUUGUCCAUAAAUGGGCUGCCCUGUCAUUGUACCUUGGCGGCGCAGACACGACUGUCUCAUCCAUCAUGACCUUCUUCCUCGCCAUGGUCAUGUUCCCAGAUGUGCAGAAGAAAGCCCAGGAAGAAAUCGAUCGCGUAAUCGGCUCUUCCCGCCUCCCCACCAGCCGUGACCUCGAGUCACUGCCCUACAUCGAGGCUGUAAUGAAAGAAACACACCGAUGGCAUCUUGUAGCGCCCAUGGGCCUCCCCCACACCAGCACCCAAGAAGACACGUGCCGCGGCUACCGCAUCCCCAAAGGCUCCAUCCUGCUCGCCAACAACUGGCUCUUCAUGCACGAUCCCGCCGUGUACCCCUCGCCCAUGCAGUUCCGUCCCGAGCGCUUCCUGGCCACAGCGACACAUACCCCGGAACCAGAUCCCCGGAGCCACAUCUUCGGCUACGGCCGUCGAAUAUGUCCAGGCCGGCAUGUAGCCGAUAACGCGCUAUUUGUCACCAUUGCCCAGACCCUGGCCGUGUUUGAAAUUACCAAGGCUCUGGAUGCCGCGGGUCGUGUCCUGGAGCCUGACGUCAGGUUUGAGCCUGGCACUGUUAGUCAUGCCGCUCCGUUUCCAUGCGACAUCCGGCCUCGGUCCCAGAUGCAUGAGGAGCUGGUGAGGGAUACUGAAAAAAGGUUUCCGUAUGAGGAGAGCGAUGCCAAGGAAUUGGAGGCCAUGUGGUAGUUGUUUGGAAAUUUCAGUUGCAACUUGGCGUGGCGUGGUGUUGCGUGGUGUGGCGUGAGGUGACAUGGUAAUGAAUGAGUGGAUGGUUCUGAGGUGGGAGGGAUGGUAUUCCGUGAAAUAAGAGAUGAAGUAAUAUUUGUGUACCUGGCAGGUAAUAGGAGGCUGUUCAAGUUUGUCGU